ACUUCGUGCAUUGUUUUCUUAUUCUAUGAGAUUAUAGUGGAGGUGGCCGAUUACCGGGUGGCCGACAACCGGAUAUUUUUACCGAUGCUCAACUGUUUUUCGUUUUGCUUUUCGUCGCAUGGGCACUGGUUAGAUUUGUGGUGGGUGAAAUAAUCAGUACGCCUAUCAGACAACAUGACCUUGAAGACAAGGAAACGGGGCAAGAUGGAUCUACAGCUGCACUAGAAGAAGGUGACAUUUGCCUGGCCCCUAAUUACGGCGAGAUGUUCUUGGCAAAGAUUAUCAGCCUUUGCAGUGACAAAGAAACUGUUCUGAAGGACGGAAAUGUUCUCACAAAGGCAACUGAGAGAAGUCACAGAAGCAAUGCUUCAAAAGACAAGGUCAUGCUGAAGACAGCUGAGAAAAAAAAACUAAGAAGGGUCAUAAACUGUUACUCCUGGAUAAUAAAACAUCUCAUGGACGGAUUUUUUUCUGUCCAUGAGCUGUCAGUGACUGGGGGGUCGGGCGCCUGGGUGGAUACACCUGUCUACAAGUCACUAAGAUUGUAUGCAGAAGUAACACUCAAGAUGGGCACGAGUACGUGCCUUCAACGUAGCCUGGAACGAAAAAAUGUCACAGUGCAAGAAGGCUAUAAAGAGAUUUGCUUUGUUAUCUGAUACUUUGACAAAGAGCAAUUAGGAAAUACCAGCAUGAUCUCCAACAUUGCUGCUUUAGCAGAUAUAUUUGCUAAUUGUUCUUUGUCAAACCAUCGGAUAAUAAAGCUAGGCUCUUCAUACAGCCUUCUUGCACUGUUGCCAGCACUGCUAUUAGAUUUAUUUAUUUGGCAGAUGUUUUGUACAGUUCUCAAGAAUAUUUCACUUACACGAUGGCAGCCAGCAUGAGUGGGAGGAAACCGGGCUGCCAGGAGGAAAUCCACGACCAUCCACAGGUUGCUAGCAGACCAAUCUAUUACAUUUAUUUAUUUGAUUUGAUUGGUGCUUUACGUCGUACUAAAGAAUAUUUCACUUAUAUGACAGCAGCCAGUAUUAUGGUGGGAGGAAACCGAGCUGAGCCCGGGGGAAACCCACGACCAUCCGCAGAUUGCUGGAGGCCUUCCCAUGUACGGUCGGAUAAUAUUAUUGCAUUGUACAUCAUGAUUUAUUCAUGUAAAUAAAAAUUUUACAAGAUCUAUAUCAUGAAUUCAUAGGGAGUUCUGCAAGUUAUUGGUAUGAGUUUUUUGCAAGUUGUUGCCAUGCAAUUUAUA